AUGCACCACAAAACCGACGACAACAAGCGAAACACUUUCUUUAAAGAGACAGGAAACGACACUACAGAGCAACAGCCUCUUUCUUUCUUUCUUUUUUUCUUUCUUUCUGUCUGUCCCUGCAGAUCUAUCUAUCUAUCUAUCUAUCUUUCUUUCUUUCUUUCUUUCUUUCAUGCCCGACGUAUUCCACUUUCUUCCUUCCUUUCUUUCUUUCUUUCUUUCUUUCUUUCUUUCUUUCUUUCUUUCUUUCUUUUACACUCUCCCACUUAUUUCACGCUCCUCCUCAGCCUCUUUUUUUCUUCCUUUCUUCCUUUCUUUCUUUCUUUCUUUCUUUCUUUCUUUCUUUCUUUCUUUCUUUCUUUCUUUCUUUCUUUCACAUUCUCCAACAUAUUUCACGCUCCUCCUCAGCCUCUUUUCUUUCUUUCUUUCUUUCUUUCUUUCUUUCUUUCUUUCUUUCUUUUCUUUCUUUCUUUCUUUCUUUCACAUUCUCCAACAUAUUUCACGCUCCUCCUCAGCCUCUUUUCUUUCUUUCUUUCUUUCUUUCUUUCUUUCUUUCUUUCUUUCUUUCUUUCUUUCACAUUCUCCAACAUAUUUCACGCUCCUCCUCAGCCUCUUUUCUUUCUUUCUUUCUUUCUUUCUUUCUUUCUUUCUUUCUUUCUUUCUUUCUUUCUUUCACACUCUCCCACUUAUUUCACGCUCCUCCUCAGUCCCUUUCCUUUCUUUCUUUCUUUCUUUCUUUCUUUCUUUCUUUCUUUCUUUCACACGUUCUCCCACUUCUUUCACGCUCUUUCUCAGUCUCUUUUCCCCACCCUUUCCAUACUUUCUGUGUUACUCCAUUCUUUCUCUCCAUCACCUGAUUUCUCCAUUUCUACACUUUCUUUUUUUUCCCCUAUCAUCAAUCGAGGCUUUUUUUUUCUUAUAAACUCCCCGCCUUCUCAAUCAACACGCGAUCACCCGCUUUUUAGUUUCUCUCUCUCUCCCUCUCUCUCUCUCUCUCUCUCUCUCUCUCUCUCUUAUUCUUGCCUCUUGCUUUUCAUUGCCAGCUUCUCUCACCCAUCAGGCAACUCCUUUCUUUCUUUCUUUCUUUCUUUCUUUCUUUCUUUCUUUCUAUCCCAGUGUGUUCAUCUCUGCCUAUCAAUUCCCCUUUGUCUUUCUAUCUUUUUUCCUUUCUUUCUUUUUUCCUUUCUUUCUUUCUGUUUAGUUGUUAAUAUCUAUCUAUCUAUCUAUCUAUCUAUCUAUCUAUCUAUCUAUCUCAGUCUGUUCAUAUCUAUCUAUGAAUCUCAGUCUGUUCAUAUCUAUCUAUCUAUCUAUCUAUCUAUCUAUCUAUAUAUAUAUAUAUAUAUAUAUAUAUAUAUAUAUCAGUCUGUUCAUUAUCUAUCUAUCUAUCUAUCUAUCUAUCUAUCUAUGAACAGACUGAGAUAG